AUGUGUGCGUGUGUUUCCCUGCAUAUUCCUGCGCGUGGGUGUGCCUGCGCCGUGGCACCGGGCCGGCUGAUCGACGGUGGACGCGCCAUCUGCCACAGAAUUCGUCGCUGCGACAACUGGCCACCGUAUAUCACGGGCCUCGUGAGCGCAUCAUGAAGGGCAGCUCGCGGUCCGGUCGUCUUGCCGAUCGCCUCCUCCAGCUCGUCACCCUGGCUGCCUUCUGCUCCCGUGCGCUCGCCGACGUGUACGAACCCGACGUGGACAAGGUCGUGACGCUGUUCGAGAAGGACGACAACUUGGGCAACUCCACGACCAUAUAUUGGCACCAGGCGCGCCUGGACGAGGACUGGGCCAGCGUCAACCAGAAGGGCAUCUGGAUCUACUACAGCGAAGCCAACUACAAGGGCGACAACGUGACCGUAGUCUUUGGGGAGGAUUUGUCCAUCAACAUCAGGCAUCAGCUGGUGGGUGACGAGGACGACCUGGUGCUGAUCCCCAACUUCCGCGACAUGGGCACUUCGGCGCAGUCCCUCGUCAUCGUCGGCGCUGACUGGACCUUCUUCCCAAAGCAGAACUUCGGCGGCCCUCGGUGCCUGUGCCUGAGGCCCACCUUCUUCACCAUGACGGAGGACGACGACGGCGAGGACGUAAUGCUAAAGGCGUCCUUCUAUCCUGAGCUAUCUGAGGUCGGUCCCGUAGGCAGCGUCAUGAUGUCCUGCAAGACACCCAUGAGGCACCUGUGCCACAAAUUGCCGGAGGAGACGGUGAAGCGCAGCCGGUGCUCGGUCCUGUCCAACACCGAGCCGAACAUGUGCCAGUAGGCCUGGAGGUCCGCGCCCGACCGCUCAAAGGAACCGGUACGAAAUGGUCAAAGGACCUUUAAUGGGAGAUCCGGUAGAUUAGGAGUUUCAUUGUCUGUGAGGUGAAUCAGCACUGCAUGUUGAUUCAGGAGUUGAAAGGCCGCAUAGAAAACCCGAACGCAGUUGACCAGUGAAGGUGUGUGUUGUUAUCUAGUGUUCUUUGAAGAGUUAACUUAAUAUACAGGAUUAAAAUUAUGUCACAUCUAAAAUGUAGAUAAGCAUGUACAUAUGCCAUAUAUAAUAGAGUGCUCAACAUAAACUUUUAGGAAAAUAGUGACAAAAUAAUGGUAAAAAAAUAUAAGCAAGGCUUUCUGCUGGCUUCACUUACAGAUUAUCUUAACAAUAACGAGCAAUGUUCUUGCAACAUAUAACACAGUAUAGUGUAAGUAUAGAUAAUAAUAAAUGCAAUUUUAACCAGGUC